AAUGACCAUCGCUUCGGCUUGUAUGCGUCAUUUUAGAACAAAUCAUCUUAAAGAACAACAUUUGGCACUCGUACCCGAACGCGGCUAUGAUAAAGUAGAUGGUAAUCAAAGCCUUCUUGCCCUCCGAUUUUUCAAAUGGUACUCUGAAAAAUUUGGUGUAACCGUCCAAAAUGUCAACUCUGACGGUGGAGAGAAGAAAAUUGGUAACUAUCAACUUGACGGCUGGGUUGUGGAGGAGAAUUAUGGUAUAGAAGUUAAUGGAUGUGUUUGGCAUGGGUGCCCUAAAUGUUUCCCCCAUGAUAAUGAUUUAAUGCCCAACGGAAAAACUGCUGGAUAUUUGAGGGAACAUGACAAAAACAGAUUGGAAUUUAUACUCACUCAAAUUGCUCGUGUUGACAUUUACUGGGAGUGUGAAAUACAUCAAAUGUUGGCAAAAGAUCGAGAAAUGAGAGAAAUGUUUUACAGCUAUAUUGAUGAUGGGCCAAUUGAUAUAAGAAGUUGCUUCUAUGGAGGAAGAACUGGACCACUAAAACUCCAUCAUAAAAUCAAAGAUGGAGAACGGAUAUCAUAUUUAGACGUGACUUCUUUGUAUCCGUUUAUCAACGUCACUACAAAAUAUCCAGUUGGACAUCCUAAAGUGCACAUCAUCAAUAAAAAUGUAAAGUGGACAAAAGCCAUUGACAACACCUACAAUCUUGCAAUAUUAAAAGUUUUUAUAAUUCCUCCCAGAAAAAUCGAUGUUCCCGUUCUGCCAAUGAAAUUAGAAAAUGAUGCCCGUCUUCUUUUUCCUCUGUGUGCAAAAUGCGCGUAA